CAACGUUUGUAUGCUGCUGGUUAUAAGAUUUGACGUCUGGUGUUCUACCACUCCGAUUUGUUAAUUUCACAGUGUACACGUUGACAGACCGUUGAUGUGAUUUUUACCAAAGUAUUUCACCGAUUUUCUGAAAGAACAGCUCGCAGGUCCUUGCUUAGCUCUUGUCUUUCCAGCGCUCGUGAAGCGAAGGGCAGGUAGUUUUUAAGUAAAGUGGCGCUCCCAUUCUGACGUCACACAGACACCGCUAGCAGCACGUGGAAAGUACAAGAACAGACAGGAAAGCGGCGACUGCGACUAUAUAUAAAUGCCCAGGAGCAAAUCCUAGGUAGACGGACAACAGGAGACGCUGUGAUCCUCCAGCAACCGUAAAGAAGAUAUCAGCACUGCCGAUUCGACAUGUGGUCCUCUUCCCUCUUUCAGCCUUCAUUCAGCUCGCCCUUGACUAUUAGAGUUCCAGUCAGUGCGCUGUGGCCUCAGUCGCAGAUCAUCUGUACUCAGAUGGACAACAUGAGGAGAAGCGUAGAUCUGAUGAAUCAGGUCCAGCACGUUUUACGGAAUGAGAUCGUUGAUGCGGACAAAGUUCCCAGAUGGGAUGGACGUCGAGCACCUUUUUGCAAACUGGAGAAGGAUGGGCAGAAAUUUUCUGCUACUCUCGAGGUGGAAGGCUUCACUCCCGAGGAGCUGACAGUCAAACAAGUGGGAAGAAAGGUAAUGCUGAGCGGAAAGAAGGAAAAGAAAGAGGAAAGUGAGGGGGGAUCCUACAGCUACAGGUACCAGGAGUUCAGACGAGAGCUCGAGCUGCCAGAAGACGUGAACCCCGAGGAGCUGAGCUGCUCGCUAAACAACGGACAGCUGCGCAUCGAAGCAACGGACAGCUGCGUAUCGAAGCAACAAGGAUGGCACUGCCCAGUGUGCCCGAGAGAGUGGUGCCCAUUAAAAGAGAAACCUUGGGAUUCGUGAAGAGUGGAGAGGAGCAAAAUGAAUGCGGAAUGGUAGAAGAAUGAAUGAACAUGUGAAUUGAGGAGCCUUUCCUCAGCUUUUCCAUUUGACUCUUAAAAUGAUGCAGAAGGUUUGGU